AUGCGAGCUUCUCGCUCCGGAUUCCGGCGUCCUGUGUUCGGCUUGGACGCCACGAACGCACCGGUCACAUGGGGCUCGCACGUCAAAAUGAGCCGGGUGGAUGUACAGAGGCGGAAAAUACGCAGAGGGGAAGACGUGGUGCGGGGGAAGAGAGAGAACCCUUCUUACAAUCGAGACUGUCCCCUAGACUGCAAAGUUUAUGUCGGGAAUCUUGGAAACAACGGCAACAAGACAGAGUUGGAAUCUGCUUUUGGCUACUUCGGUCCACUAAGAAGCGUUUGGGUGGCCAGAAACCCGCCAGGCUUUGCUUUUGUAGAGUUUGAAGAUCCAAGAGAUGCCUCUGAUGCUGUGAGAGAACUGGAUGGAAGAAGUAUGUGUGGAUGUCGAGUCCGUGUUGAAUUAUCCACUGGGGAAAAGCGCUCGAGAAGCCGCGGUCCUCCUCCUUCCUGGAGUCGCUACCCAAGAGAUGAGGGCAGACGCAGAAGCUCUCCAAUUAGACGCAGAUCCCCUCGGAGGAGGAGCUUGAGCCGCAGUCGCAGCAGGUCUCUUUCGCGAGACAGACGCAGAUAUCGGUCUCUCUCCAGAGACAAGACUCGUAAACGCUCAAGAUCAUUCUCACGGUCAAGAAGCCGCUCCCGUUCUAAUGACAGGAAGUGA